UCCUCACACUCUAGAUCUUUUCUUUCUUUCUCUCUCCCCGACUCUGAGAUGGAAAGAUUUACAGAAGAAAGAAGAAGAAGAAGUUGAGUGCAGUUUCUAAUUAAAAGCUCGCUUUGAAGAGACCCGUGUUUGAAGAGAGGAUGAGGAGCAAAGUGAAGGACUGAUUCCUUCAAUGCUGUCUCUCCUCUCCCACUAAUCCAUCCAUCCAUCUCAAACCCUUGCAAUCUAAUCGGUCAUGUUCAUUUUCCACUAGAUCUUAUUCUGACUGCUACAAAAAUGUGGAACUUUGCAUCCAAUUGCUUUGCUGGUGGCGGCAUAAGAACAAAGAAUGAACCAGUAAAGCUAAUUGGAACUGCUACAGAAUGCUCGGAUGAUGAUAUCUCUUCGAAUUCCAGUAGAGAUGAGGGACUUGAGUGCCCUAUAUGCUGGGAAUCUUUCAAUAUAGUUGAAAAUGUGCCUUAUAUUUUGUGGUGCGGUCACACUCUUUGCAAGAAUUGCAUCUUAGGACUGCAGUUAGCCAUUGUUAAGCUGCCCACCCUGCCAGUGCAGCUUCCAUUUUUUAUUUCCUGUCCGUGGUGCAACUGUUUGUCUCCGCGAUUGAUAUAUAAGGGAAACCUCAAGUUUCCGAGUAAGAACUUUUUCUUGCUAUGGAUGGUUGAGAGUAGGAACGGUGAUAGAGUGAAAUCUCAUUCAUCUUUAUGCGGAGACCAUCAUCCGCCAAUCUGGCCAUCAAAUGACAUGAUGUCACUUGGAACUCCAUCAAACCGGUUGAGCAACAGGAGGGACCACCGAUAUGUUGGUUAUUCAGAAUCAUUGGGUUUGAAUGAUGAACAUAGCAGUGUGGCCGAUUACUUGAAUGUGGAGAGACUUCAAUCUUUUCUGAGGAAGUGUUUGGUUUUCUUUGUUCAGUUGAUGGCAAAGUUUCCACUUGUUCUUAUAUUCCUGAUGAUUGUGUUGUAUGCGAUUCCAGCCAGUGCAACCAUCUUGGCCCUUUAUGUUGUCAUCACGGUUCUAUUCGCCGUCCCCUCUUUCCUGAUUCUAUAUUUCGCUUAUCCGAGUCUGGAUUGGCUGGUGAAGGAAAUCAUCACUUGACACAUCUGCUUGUUUUUUUUAGUCUAUAAUAUUAAGUAAUUAUUUUGUCGACUAGAUGGUUGGUGUUUUGUACAUAGACUAGUCCCCUAAUGUACUCGCAAAUUUGGGGUCAUUUUUACUGUUUGAAGACGAUUUGUGAUUGUAUUAAGGUGGUUGUUGUUGUAGUUAUAUGCAUGUCUGUCUGAUGUUGCUUAUUGCAUUUUGA